AUGUAUGUUGGAAAAGUACAUCAAUUUUCACAAUCAAAAAAUUCGUCGGAAACUCCAAUAACGAAGAAAUUAUUAACGAGGUGUAAUCAUUUAACUGGAAUGGUUAAUCUUUAUCCAAAUAUAAUUCAAUUUUAUGGAGUUACUAAAUUAAAAGAUGAAAUAAAUUAUUCACUCGUACUUGAAAGUGGAACAUUAGGAAAAUAUUUAAGAGAUAACAUUAUAACCUUUAAAUAA